CGCGCGGGGCGGAAGCGGAAGCGGCGGCGCGGGCGGCGCAGGCGCGCGGGGCCGAGCGCAGGGGACGCGCCCGCCAUGGAGUCGCGGGGGAAGGAGCCGCAGCCGCCGAACAGGAUGGGCAUGGGGGACUCCAACCCGGCAGCAGUGCCACAUGCCGCUGAGGACAUCCAGGGGGAUGACAGGUGGAUGUCACAGCACAAUCGGUUUGUCCUGGACUGCAAAGACAAGGAGCCCGACGUGCUCUUCGUGGGGGACUCCAUGGUGCAGUUGCUACAGCAGUACGAGAUAUGGCGAGAGCUCUUCUCACCACUCCAUGCACUGAAUUUUGGGAUUGGUGGAGACACCACGGGACAUGUUCUAUGGAGACUGAAGAACGGUGAACUGGAGAACAUUAAACCCAAGGUCAUUGUUGUUUGGGUUGGAACAAAUAAUCAUGAAAACACAGCAGAAGAAGUAGCAGGGGGGAUCGAGGCCAUCGUGCGCCUGAUAAACACCCAGCAGCCACAGGCCAAAGUCAUUGUACUGGGUCUGCUACCUCGUGGAGAGAAGCCAAACCCGCUGCGGCAGAAGAACGCCAAGGUGAACAACCUGCUCAAAGCCUCGCUCCCCAAGCUGCCCAACGUCCAGCUGCUGGACGUGGACGUGGGCUUCGUGCACUCGGAUGGCACCAUCUCCUACCACGACAUGUUCGAUUUCCUGCACCUGACGGGCGGGGGGUACGCCAAGGUCUGCAAGCCCCUCCACGAACUGAUCAUGCAGCUGCUGGAGGAGACCCCCGAGGAGAAACGAGCUGCCCUGGCCUGAGCCACUGAUGUCGGCGCCGAGAGCAUCAUCCAGCCCAUCAGAUCAGUUCUGUCACUGGCACUACAGAAUCCUUCUUUCUUAAAGCACUUUCCAUUAUAGAAUGUUACCGGA